AUGCGGCUUUCUAAUAAAUGUAAAGAUUUGGCCUGUCCGAUGCCCGGAAUCUACUCCAGCACGCCCAGCACCGAAAACAUCUCCACCCUCGCGUGCUCCACGAUCCUUUUCGUCAUUACCUUCCUCGGCGUCGGCUCCCUCUUAUUUCACAAGCUCUUUCCUUUAGUAUCCCAACACACGGAAAAAUCCUUCCAUCUUCCCCGCGACGCGCCGCUCAGCCUACGACAAAAGCAAGCCGAGCAUGACGCGAGAUUAGGUCGACGGCGUAUCGUCGCCCUCUCAUUUUCGGCCACCAUAUCUCUCGCUACAGUGCUAGCUGAAUUAAUAUUAUGUGAAAUUUCGAACAUCCUAGAUUCUCGGGCUAGAGCUCUUGCACUCAAGGUCGUCCUUCCAGCCCUUCUAAUUCUUCUUGUUGUCAUAAUACCAUUCCUGGAAUUACAAUCAGCAGUUUCCGCAACCGGCUGGUCUUUCCGGAGAACGGCUAACGGAAAGCUACGCACUGUUCCUUGGCUUCUACAGGCUCUCGGCUUCCUACUAUGGCUGAUAGGCUUCUGGCUGAUUGGCAAAGGAAUUCCUGGCACGUACCUAUAUACAACGACUCCACGUAUCCCAAAAGGCUUGACUGUGGCCUGCAUAGAGCGUGUUGGGGUAAUUGGGAUAUCGCUGAUGGCGCUACUAUCUGGAUUUGCGGCUGUAUCUGCGGCAUGGCACACGUUCGGCACCAAAUCGAGGAUCGUCAGCCAAGUAGACUUAUCACGGAAACAAGUAGGCCUAGAUGCCACUAAUGAGCUACUAGCUGUCAAACGUAGCCGAUUACGAGCGCUACAGCGAAAGAUAAAUAAUGCACCCAAAGAAGAUUUUAUCAAAAAAGUAAUGGGUAGCCUUCGUGGCUCUGCAGAUGGACAUGAAAUUAAGAGUCUCGAGUUGGAAAUAUCAGGCCUCGAAUAUAUGGCUUCAAGCCUCUCAGCUUCCCUUAAUCUUCUACAAAAUCGUCUUGACUAUCAGCGACGAGCAUCUUCCCCGUUUGGAAAGGUUUUCUUAACACCAAUCUCCUAUGGCUUUUCGAUUUAUGGUGUCUAUCGCAUCGCAACUGUCAUAUUGUCCAAUAGUCGACGAAUUGUUUUCCCGUCGCCUGAUCCAACUACUUUUGCAAACUCUCAUACGGAUCCGGUCAAUCGCAUACUUUCACUCAUGUCUAAGCACGUAGACCCCACCAUAAAUCAGUUAUCCUGGUCUCGCCAAAUCUCGUUUCUAUUAACUGGCGUGACUCUACUUGCCACUUUCAACUCCGUUCUCACCACCUUUCACAUGCUCACUAAAUUAUCGCCUUCUCUUCUUCUCCAGACACAGGCUAACCUCGCGCUUCUGAUAGCUCAGAUUAGUGCAACCUAUGUAAUAAGUAGCGCAUUACUUUUGCGUAGCAACUUGCCCAAUGAGAUUAAAAGCGUUGUGAGUGAGGCUUUGGGAAGUCCUUUGGAACCGGAGUUUGUGGAGAAAUGGUUUGAUGCUUGGUUCCUUUUGGCGUGCAUUGGCACCGCUGCCAGUAUCUGGCUUGGACGAAAGUUAUCUAGUGCCAGCGAAUGGCAGGAUAUUGGGUUUGACGGAGAUGUCGAGUUGGCGCAGAAACGAUCAUGA